AUUAAAUACACGACCAUCCGGCGUCAAUUGACGGUGAUUUAUACCAUCGAUAACAUUGUACUGGCCUCAUAGAAACCCGCAUGAAAGUGAAAAAUAGGCAUGCUCUGAUUUAUAAAUCAAAUGGUUCAAAGUGACUUCGUCAAUGUUGAAGUGGUGCUCGUCCACAGCCUCCUCGAAGAAGACACCCCUGCAAGGAAAAUUGAGAAUGACGACAGUCACGCCAUGGCACCAGAGCUACCAAAUUUCAUAUUCCGAGUAUUCAGUAUUUUCCCGUUCAGUGUUCCAACCUCAUUGCUUUUUCCCCAUUUCUAGAUUUUCUUAGUUUAAUCAUGGGCCGAAAAUCUGUCUUCGCUAUCAGCGAGAUCCAGGGUGUUGAGGAUCAGAUCAAUGCUAUGAAAGAAAUAGCUGAGGAAUUCCAUAUUCCCAGUGAAAAGCUCACCAAAAUCUCUGCUCACCUUUCCAGACAAAUGACAGAAGGUCUUGAGCAGAACGACACUAGCGUUCCCAUGCUUCCUUCAUGGAUUGACACACAUCCUACUGGUCAAGAAACUGGUGAAUAUCUUGCUUUGGAUUUGAGCGGUACUUCCAUCCGUGUUUAUCUCGUUACCCUCCAUGGUCAAGGUCGUGUCACUACCCGCCAGCAAAAGUAUAAUAUCCACGAUAACAUCAGAAAGUCAAACAUUCAGAACAUUGUGGACUUCUUGGCUGAGUGCGUGGAUUCAUUUUUGACAUUCAUUGGAAAGAGUGAUAUCGAUGUGCCCAUGUCACUUGGAUUUGUAGUUUCCUUCCCACUGAACCAAACUGCUAUGAACAAGGCUUCCAUUAUUCGGUGGACAAAAGAUUUUGAUGUCACUGGUGCUGACGGCAAAGAUUUGGCGGAACUACUUCAAGUUGGACUCAACAAGAAAUCAAUCCCCGUCAAAGUCAAGGCCAUUUUGAACGGAGCAGUCGGUCUUCUUCUGGCCCACAACUAUCGUAGUUUGGACACACUCCUUGCUUGCACUGUCAGCAGAGGUACUAAUGCUGCUUAUUGGGAAAGAAUAGAUGAUAUCCCCAAGAUUAAAGGAAACCCUAAUGCCGUCGGCAGUGAGAUGAUUAUUAAUACCGAAUGGGGUUCUUUCGGUGAUAUUCAUCACGACUAUCUCCCCCGCACCAUGUAUGAUAACAAAGUUAACCGUGAGAGCACCAACCCUGGUGUGCAUCAACUGGAAAAAAUGGUAUCUGGACUAUAUCUGGGAGAAAUUGUUCGUAAUAUCUUGUUGGAUCUUCUGGAUCGCCGCUUGAUCUUCAAUAUGCAAUACUCUAUCGACAUGAACUUACCUUACAAUUUCGAAUCAUCGUACAUGAGCACGAUUGAAUCCGAUGACUCCCCCGAUCUCGAAGACACCAAGCAUAUCUUGGAGACCAUCAUGAACAUCCAGACCACCACUUUGACAGAUAGACAAAUGACCAAGAAGAUCUGUGCUCUUGUUGGGCAACGUGCUGCCCGUAUCAUUGCUGCCGCUAUGAGUGCUGUCAUCCACAAGCGCAAUGCAUUGGAAACUGGUUUAACCAUUAGUGUUGAAGGAACCAUUUAUGAACACUACCCUAACUUCCCUAACCGUGUCAACGAGGCCUUGCGUGAAAUCUUCGGCGAAAAGGUCGAUCGCAUUAAUAUUGGUAUUACAAGAGAUGGCAAUGGUAUCGGUGCUGCUUUGGCCGCUAUGAUUGCUGAAAAUAAGGAAGCUUAAGAGCACACAUUGACGACUGCGUGAUGCAUGCAACCUCCAUCUAACAUCAACUCAAGUUGAGCAGCCUAGGAACAAUAGCAUAACUCGCUAUACUAUC